AUGAAGCUCUUUGCCCGUCUCAACGUCGUCGUGUUGCUCGCAAUCUUGGCUCUGCUAUUCGUGGCGUGGAACCUGCCCUCAUACCAUCCGAUCACGCGAGCAAGAAAAGUUUGGAGACGCGAGACGACCGAAAUCAUUGUGUUUGGAGACUCGUGGAGCACCAAUCGCCUCGAACUGCCCACACCUUCAUCACCGGCGCCGUCCAACAAGAAGCUAUGGGUGGACAGUCUUUGCUCAGAGAUUGUUUGCGACCGCAUCUACGAUCUCGCCCAAUCAUUACCCUCCCGUCCGUCCCACCGCCGAGGCCCUGUGAUCGACAACGACAUCUACGCCAAUCUUACCCACUCCAUGAACGUCACCGCUGACGUUGAGGAGAUUGGUGACUUUGGGCACCAAGUCGACGCAUAUCUCGUCCAAGAUGAUGCUCGAUGGCAAGAUGACGGAGAUCAGGAAGGCCUGAGGACCACGACCAUGAUUUUUACAGUCUUCUUCGGCGUCUGGGAGCUCUGGGACUUUGUAGGCUUACCACAAGACGCUGUUUUGCCCGCUGUGAUAGACUGCAUUGCUUCCAUGUUUGCUCAGCUCGACCGCCUCGUCCAAGCCAAGUCGGUGUCGUCGCUUCGUCCAACCAUCAUCAUACCCAAGAUCCCGGAUCCUAGCUUCUUUCCUCGCUGGAUCAGCCGGCGUACAUCUGCAAGCGGUACAGACAAAUAUGGUCAGCUCCAACGAAACGCCGUCAUCCUGACCGAUCUCUGGAACAGCGUCCUGCAGAAACAGGUCGAAUCGUGGAACAACGCUCACGUUGUCACGCCCGACUUCCAUGCGUGGAUGCUGGAGCAGAUGCGUGAGCCUGAGAUCGACGAGACUGGCCUUGCAGUAAUCUCGAAGAUCAAGGCAGGUGCCAGGUUUACCGAAUUGACCCAGCCCUGUGUCAAUUACACCGCUCCGUUUGGUGGAGAUGGAAUCGAAACCCGACCAUUUACGGUGUGCGACGAUCCGUCGCACUUCUUGUUCUGGGAUGAUACGCGUUUGAGCGGCGCCGCACAUGAGCUACUCGGCAAACACGUCGCUGGGAUGCUUCAAAAUAGCACCAUGAUCAAUCGAACCUCGCAUAACUAA